AUGCGGGAUAAGAGCGGGCACGAGCAGAUGAAUAUCAUUUGUAUCAACGACAGCGGCGCGGUUUUCCAGGGAGCGGUCGACUGUAAGGCGGAGACGAAGAGUGGGGCGUUUAUCGUGAGCAUUCUGCAGCCGAUCAUUGAGAAGAUUGGGCCACAGCACGUCGUCGCUUUUUGCACGGACGGCGGUAGCAACUACGUGUCCGCCGGCAAGCUGCUGCAGAAGAUGUACCCGCAUUUCGAGAUCGUCCCCUGUGCCACUCAUGUGCUCUACUUGCUGAUGGAGGACAUCGGCAAGAUGGAUUGGGCGCAGGAGGUUGUCCCGGUUGCGAACGACAUCAUCUCGUUCGUGCGCAGCCACACGUGGACGCGUGCUUUCUUGCGGUGUCCCGAGCUGCACGGCGAGGAGAGGUCGCUGCAGCCGCUGCGAUCGGCGGGCACGCGUUUUGGGACGAACUUCAUCGUUGUGUCUCGGCUGCUCCAGAUUCAUUCGCAGUUGACGCAGAUGGUGACGCACAAGGACUGGGAGGAGAAGGGAGGUAGCACGCUGACUGGAAAGACAUUUGCGGCGUCAGUGUUGGAUGUGGAGUGGUGGAAGAAGGCGAAGACAUUUGUGAAGGUGAUGGAGCUGCCUUACAAGGUGAUGAGGCGGACCGAUGGGGAGGCGAAGGGGAGGAUGGGUGAGUUGUACGACAUCAUGCUGCAACUGACGGAGGACUUGCGGGAGCUGUUGGAGAAGGAUGAUUCUGGGCUCAAGAGGGUGGAUAAGGAGGGGGUGAAGGAGCACUUGAGGCGGCGUUGGGACGAGAGUUUGGCCUGCCCCCUUCAGUUGGUUGGCCGGAUUUUGAACCCGGCCAACCAGGACGAGGGGAUCUACCACAAGGACGUUGAGUGCACGAGGGUGAUGAAGGCGUGGCUCCAGCGCUCGCGGGCAUUCGUCGACAAAUAUUGGAAGAGCGGCGGCGACACAAAGGGAACCAUGAAGGCGCUACAGGAAGGGAUGCUUGCAUAUAUUGAGGGCAAGGGGUGCUUUGGGUCAGAGGAGGCAAAAGAGGGGCGUGCGGAUAUUAAGGCCGGGAGGGGGGACAUGGUGAUGUGGUGGAAGGUGAACGGCUGGGAGUACGCCGAUCCGCCUGGCCUUGCGUGCCGGGCGCUUUCACAGCCCGUUUCCGCUUCCCCUUGCGAGCGGGGAUGGUCUAUGUGGGAUGGCGUGCACACGGCGCGCAGGAACAGGAUGGGGUCGGAGAAGGUCCGCGACCUUGUGUUCGUUGCGCACAACUGGAACGCUGUGCACAACUACCACAAGGGUGCAGCUGGUGCAGGGCCAAGUCGGGAAGUCAGGAAGAUGGGGAUAGUGGAGGGGAACAUUCCCACCCCUCCCCUUCCCGAGGGGUACAAGCUGGAGGAGGAUGGAGAGGUGGAGGUGGACGAGGACGACCCGUGUGUGGACGAGUACAAGGACCAGGAAGAGAUGGAGAAGGAGGAGGAGGAGAAGGAGGAGGAGGAGGAUGAGGAUGAGUGA